UUAAUGCCACCAUAUAACACAUCAAUGCUACCAUGAUAUUUUAAUUUGCUGCUGCUGCUUCUCCUCCUUCUUCUCCUUCUCCUUCUCCUUCUCCUCUUUCUCCUUCUCUUUCUCCUUCUCUCUUUUGAUUGGACAGACGAUUUACGAUUUUACGCAACUGGUAUAUUUGGUAAUUUGGAUUUCCUGCAAUGAGCGGCCUGUCGGCGUUUGGAACUGGAUCGUAAAUCUCAACGGCUUUGGGAUUCUCCCGCGUUCAGAGGCUCUCACGCAAGAUACCGGAGUCGAGAGGGCCGAUCGGGAAGGGCACCCACGCAGCCGGGCGCCAGCCAGGAGAGCCGGACCGCGCCGGGCGCAGAAAGGCGCAACUCUGCGCUGGAGGUUCCCACGAAGAGAAAGGAGGAAGCGGCGCGUCCCUUCAAAGUUUUGUUUUAAGUGGUGCUGAUGCGAACGUCUGCUUGCUUCGUAAGCGGGAAGCGGCGGGUUGGGGGGCUGGCUGUAGAUCUCCGCUGCCUGGGUGAGCAAACGGGAUGGGCCCUGGGGAGCAGAGAGCCACCCAAAGCGGGGUCCGGCGGAGUCCUCCCCCUCCUCUGCGGCGCGCGACCCUGCCUCUUCCCCCGAGAUCCAAGCGGGCUUGGACGGCGGCCGCAGAUCUCAAGAGGAGUUCGGUAGCCCAUCGUUCGGGGCUUCUCUCCGGGGAGGAGAGACUCCCCUUUGGGGGGAGAUCUCGGGGCUGCCCUCCUCUUCUCUCCCUUCCUCGGUUGGCCUUCGGUGCAAGGCGGGUCUGGGGUUCCGCAGGGAGGGAGAACAAACGCGUGCAAAGGGGUCGUGAGUUGGGGGAGUUUCGGGGCCGGGGGAGGUGUCUGUCCCUGCGUGGUGGCCUUUCAGCCGGUGGCAGCUUUAUGGGGACGGUGGGCUCGUGGGUGGCCGAGCACGUGGAAGGGGGGCAAGGGUCUUCCCGAAGGAACGGAAGCGCUUCUGGGGACGUGUGAGAAAGCAACCGUUGUGCGGUAUCCCCAUUGCCCAGCGGGGCUUGGGAGGAUUCCUGAAUUUCCGCUCCUUUACUUCAGCCACAUGGAAUCCUCGCCUCUGAGAAAUUGCGAGCAUCGGGAGAGCUGCAGGCAUCACCCCCGGAGAGCUUCCUCAUUUGAGGCCUGAAGACACUGUCCCAGAACACUCUCACUCCUCCAUUUUCCCAACAACAGCCCUGCAAGCUGAUUACAUAUACUUCUUAAAACAUGGAAAGGAGCUAAGCGUCUGAUUGCAGGGGAGGCGUCCUGGAAGGAGCCUGCAGUGACCUCUUGCUGGAUCCAAACCCCAAGGGAUAAGGACCAGAAAUGGGGCUGGAAACUUCAUUGACAGCUUCCCAUGCAUGUUGACGGUGGAAACAUCCCAGCUGACAUUGCUGGCACCGGUUGGAUCCCAGCCCGGUUUUUUUGCCCUGCUGAAACUUGAUCUCCAAACCAUUUCUUCUGGACGCCACUUCCAGGGAGGGAUCGAUGCCCGUCGGCUCAGGCAGGACACGGGUGGAAAGACUCGGCCGGCGCUCCCGUUUCCGAUCCUGAUUCCAGGGUUCUCCCUCUGAUUUUGGAAGAAUCUGGACCGGUCCGGGAAGCAUCAUGGUUUGGUGCCUGUGCUUCUUGUCCGAAGACGAGAAGAAUGCCAUUGUGAUAGAUAAAGAAAUCAGCCGGCUCCUUCAAGAACAGAAGAAACGGGAUCGAUGGGAACUGAAGCUGCUGCUGUUGGGCACUGGGGAAAGCGGGAAGAGUACCUUCAUCAAACAGAUGAGGAUUAUCCACGGAGUGGGAUACUCAGAAGAGGAUCGCAAAGACUAUGCCAAAGUCGUGUAUCAGAACAUCUUUGCAUCCAUCCAGGCCUUGAUCCAAGCCAUGGAGAGCCUUCAGAUUCCUUAUGCCCAGGAGAAGAAUGCCCAAAACGCGCAGCUGCUUCUGGAAGUAGAUGCCUAUAAAGUGGUCACCAUGGAGCCCAGCCAUGCAAAGAUCAUUGGAAGCCUCUGGAAGGAUGCUGGAAUCAGAACCUGUUACAAGAGGAGAAGUGAAUUCCACCUGCUUGAUUCUACUGCCUACUUCCUUUCGAACCUGGACCGCAUUGCUUCUGAAAGAUAUGUGCCAAACGCCCAGGAUAUCUUGAGGACCCGGGUGCCGACGACUGGCAUUAACGAAUACUGCUUCUCGGUGAAAAAGGUGAUGUUAAGGAUCGUUGAUGUCGGCGGGCAGAAAUCUGAACGCCGGAAGUGGAUCCACUGUUUCGAAAAUGUGAUUGUCUUGAUCUAUUUGGCCUCUCUGAGCGAGUAUGACCAGUCCCUGGAGGAGAAUAAUAGUGAAAACCGAAUGAGGGAGAGUUUGGACCUCUUCAGGACGAUUCUUGAGCUGCCCUGGUUCUGGAACACCUCCAUCAUUCUCUUCCUCAACAAAGUGGAUAUCUUGGAGGAGAAGAUCCUCAGCUCGGACCUGGCUGCCUAUUUCCCCAGUUUCCCAGGUCCCAAGCAAGACGUUCAUGCAGCCAAGCGGUUCAUCCUGGAAAUGUACACCGACAUCUUCCAGCAGUUCUCAUCCAUCGAUGGCCCUUUUCGUGGCGGAGCCCCUUCUGUCUUCAGGCCCAGGAUCCUGUAUCCCCAUUACACCUGUGCCACCGACACCCAGAACAUCUGCACGGUUUUUGAGGACAUCAAGGAUGCUGUUCUGGCAGGCUACCUAGAAGAAUUCAACCUGAUCUGAAGAGGCCAGCACCAGAUAUAUCACAGUGUUGCUGGAGGUGCAGUCCAGGUGUUGUGUCUGUCUUGAAAAAUCAGGCUCCUGAGAUCCUGUUGAUGUGCUGGGGUGGGUGGGCCAGCCUUUAGGACUUGUCUUACAGCAUCUUCCUUUGGGAACCUUGGAUGUACCAGGUGAAUCUGGAGACUCACCGCUGGGAAGGGUUUUUUGAGAUAACAUUGCCACUGCACCAUCGAGUGGGUGUGACAGUGAACUACAACGCUGAGAGAAGUAGACAGGGCAAAAUGACUAAUAUUUGACCCGGGAGAAGAAUGAGAACAUGUACAGGAGCAAGCAAGCUGAAGAGAUAAGGAAGUCAACUCGGAAACAGCAAGUGGAGAUAAGAAAGUGAACUGCCAGGCAGCAACUCGUGUUGAACCCAGCAGCUGAGUGAUGCAUGAUGGAAUGUGUGAUAAAAUGCAACUGUCAAAAGAUAAAAUGAAGGCUGGACAGAGGGUGGGUUGGAAGACCCCUUAUUUGUGGAUCCAGCCAUAAUCUACAGAAUAUGUAGAUACCAUCAUAAUGUAGAUUAUGUACAGGUAUGCAUGUAUCCAUGAUUAUGUAUGAAUGUAUCUACAGGUUAUGUAAAUCAGAGUUCCUCAACCUUGGCCCCUUGAAGAU